CUGAGCUAAAACCAAGGCUCUUUCCUCUUCCCCUCUUCGUGUGUCUCCAACAUGGAUGCUUUUCAGAGUAUUCUGAAAUUCUUUCUUAACCAAAAGACGGCUAUUGGCUACAGCUUCAUGGCUUUGCUGACCCUGGGAAGUGAGCGUCUCUUCUCACUAGUGGCGUUUAAGUGCCCCUGCAGCACGGAGAACACAGCCUAUGGGCUGGUUUUCCUCUUUGCCCCUGCCUGGGUGUUACUGAUCCUUGGAUUCUUUCUAAAUAACAAGGCGUGGAGACUCUUCACCGGCUGCUGCAUAAAUCCCAAGAAAAUCUUCCCCAGGAAACGCUGCUGCCGCUUCUUCUACGUCCUGGGCCACAUCACACUGAGUUCAUUGGUGGCUCCAGUGAUGUGGCUCUCCGUGGCUUUGCUGAAUGGGACGUUUUACGAAUGUGCUAUGAGCGGGACAAGGAGCACAAGUCUCCUGGAGAUGAUUUGCAAGGGCAAGCCCAAAGAGUGCUGGGAAGAGCUGUACAAAGUCUCCUGUGGCAGAAGCAGCAUGGCACCCACGGACAACGAGGAGGUGAAGUUGUCCCUGCAAGCCCAGUCUCAGAUUCUAGGAUGGUGUCUGAUUUGUUCAGCAUCCUUCUUCUCUUUGCUGACCACUUGCUAUGCACGUUGCAAAUCUAAAGUCAGCUAUCUGCAGCUGAAUUUUUGGAAGACGUACGCACAAAGUGAGAAGGAACAAUUGGAAAACAAACUCCUGGAAUGUGCCAACAAGCUGAGUGAGAGGAACCUGAAAUGCUUUUUUGAAAACAAGAGGCCUGAUCCCUUUCCCAUGCCCUCUUUUGCUGCCUGGGAGGCGGCUUCCGAGCUACAUGCAUUCCACCAAGACCGGGAACACUACAGCGCUCUCCACAAGGUGGUAGAUGAUGGUCUGGAACAAUCUCCCCAAGAGGAAGAGACAACAAUGAUCCUGGUGGGCUCCGCCCAGGGUCUGUGAAUCGCCAAUCAUCGCUGGCUCGGGUGGACAGAGGUACACUCCUUCUGAGAGUGUCCUGCUGUCUCCACAGCAACCUAAGCCUCUGCAUUUUCUCACCAACAGAGCUUCUUUAGAAGAUGAUAACACAGGGAAAACUGUGAUGCUGAGUGAGGACAAAGACACCCUGAGUUGGUGGAGGGUUGGGCCUAGGAGGUCCGACAGUUAUUGUAAGCGCUAAGAU